UUGAGGUUAAGCUUUGUAUUAUUUUAUUUUUGUUUCAAAUCUUGUCGCCUUGUCGGUAAUGUUCGUCACCUAGGUCUCAUAUUGUUUCAUUCUUUAGUUUAGGUUAAGCAAUUUGGAAAGCAAAAUCUAAAUCACAAUGAAAGACCUUUCAAGAUGCCUGUGCAUCUGCUAUCAGAUCGGCCUGUUGUCUGCUCGACCUUCUGUCAAUGUGGUGAGACAUUCCUCAACAGUCGCUUCCAAAGCUCAACUGAAAGACCAAAACUCUACCAUUGAAGUUAAUGGCCGUGAAUACAAAACUGACGACUUAACAAAUUUAACUCCAAAAAUCAAAUCUCACCUUGGAAUCAAUCUGCUUAACCAAAAAUAUCAUCCUCUUUCUUUCUUGAAGCAGAGAAUCGUCGAUUAUUUCUACAAGAAGUUCAUCGGACGAACUGGCACUCCGAUUUUUUCCGUGCAUGAUAAUCUGGACCCUGUGGUCACAGUGCAGCAGAACUUUGACAGUUUGUUGGUGCCGGCAGAUCAUGUAAGUCGAAGCAAGAGUGAUUGCUACUACAUCAACAGAGACUACUUGCUGAGGUCGCACAUGACGGCACAUCAAGCCGAUCUCGUCCACAUGGGACUCGACAGCUUCCUCAUGUUCGGAGACGUCUAUCGUCGAGAUGAGAUAGACUCUACCCACUACCCUGUAUUCCACCAGCUUGAUGGUGUACGACUUUUUCACCAACAGCAGUUGACAGAUUUGGCCAACAGCGAGGUGAAAGUGUUUGAACAAGGGGAGGAAACUGACGACAAGCAAGCGCAACACACACUGGACGCAACCAAGAUCGUCGAACAACAACUCAAAUACACAUUGGUCUCUCUCGCUCAGUCUUUGUUUGGGAAAGAUGUAGAGACUCGUUGGGUGUCGAGCUACUUCCCGUUCACUCACCCGUCAUGGGAACUGGAGGUCCAGUACGAGGGCAAGUGGUUGGAACUGCUGGGCUGUGGCAUCACCAGACAUAGGAUACUAGAGGCAGCUGGUGCUGGAGAGAGGAUUGGAUGGGCCUUCGGCAUUGGUUUGGAGCGUUUGGCCAUGAGAUUGUACAAUAUUCCUGACAUUCGCCUCUUCUGGAGCAAAGAUUCUGGCUUCCUACACCAGUUUGAGGUCGAGGAUCCCUUCACCUCCAUCAAAUAUAAGCCUGUGAGCGUUUACCCUCAGUGUAUCAAUGACAUAAGUUUCUGGCUUCCUGAAAACACCUCAUAUCAUUCUAAUGAUUUUUACGAGGUAGUAAGGGAUGUAGCCGGUGACAUUGUUGAGCAGAUUCAACUGGUAGACGAGUUCCGUAACCCCAAGACAGGUCGGACGAGUCACUGUUACCGCAUCACAUAUCGUCACAUGGAGCGUACUCUCACCCAACCUGAGGUGAAUGCACUACACUCCAAGGUGGACGAGGCAGCUACCGAGAGACUAGGUGUGUCUGUACGCAAGAACCAAUAGUCUUUCACUUCUCACUUGUACAUAUGUUGUGAAUAAAUAAGUUAG